AUGAUGCUUCGCAACGGAGUUCUUCGCAAAGUCAGACCUAGCAUGGUCCGGACCCAGCGGUCAGCGGCCCAUGGUUUACCGGCGCAAAUAUGUUGCGUGAACCAAGACAACUUCAACAACGAGGCGGAGCAGGAGAUUGCUGAAGGAUACCUCACACCCGACACCUGCACCGAUGCUGCGGGUGCUGCCAUGUCCCACGGCCGCCACUGGGCCUGUCAUCUGUACACUACUUCAGACCGUCGUCGAGGGUCCACAAGCACAGGCGGCCCGUACAACGUCGUGCGGCACUUGGCGUCGUCUCAUCGCGUCCCCCAAACAGGGGUCGGCUGGGGGGGUCCGGACUAG